AAUGAAUAAAAAUGAACAAGCACAGGAAUCUAAUGACUGAAAAGAUCUUGGAUCUCACCCUGGAGAUCAUCUACCUGCUGACUGGAGAGGUGAGGGAUUCUGGGUAAUGUCAGUAUGGAGAUCAUCUACCUGCUGACUGGAGAGGUGAGGGAUUCUGGGUAAUGUCACCAUGGAGAUCAUCUACCUGCUGGCUGGAGAGGUGAGGGAUUCUGGGUAAUGUCAGCAUGGAGAUCAUCUACCUGCUGGCUGGAGAGGUGAGGGAUUCUGGGUAAUGUCAGCAUGGAGAUCAUCUACCUGCUGACUGGAGAGGUGAGGGAUUCUGGGUAAUGUCAGUAUGGAGAUCAUCUACCUGCUGACUGGAGAGGUGAGGGAUUCUGGGUAAUGUCACCAUGUAGAUCAUCUACCUGCUGACUGGAGAGGUGAGGGAUUCUGGGUAAUGUCAUUAUGGACAUCAUCUACCUGCUGGCUGGAGAGGUGAGGGAUUCUGGGUAAUGUCAGUAUGGAGAUCAUCUACCUGCUGACUGGAGAGGUGAGGGAUUCUGGGUAAUGUCAUUAUGGAGAUCAUCUACCUGCUGGCUGGAGAGGUGAAGGAUUCUGGGUAAUGUCAUUAUGGAGAUCAUCUACCUGCUGACUGGAGAGGUGAGGGAUUCUGGGUAAUGUCAGUAUGGAGAUCAUCUACCUGCUGACUGGAGAGGUGAGGGAUUCUGGGUAAUGUCACCAUGGAGAUCAUCUACCUGCUGACUGGGGAGGUGAGGGAUUCUGGGUAAUGUCAUUAUGGAGAUCAUCUACCUGCUGACUGGAGAGGUGAGGGAUUCUGGGUAAUGUCACCAUGGAGAUCAUCUACCUGCUGACUGGAGAGGUGAGGGAUUCUGGGUAAUGUCAGUAUGGAGAUCAUCUACCUGCUGGCUGGAGAGGUGAGGGAUUCUGGGUAAUGUCAUUAUGGAGAUCAUCUACCUGCUGGCUGGAGAGGUGAGGGAUUCUGGGUAAUGUCAUUAUGGAGAUCAUCUACCUGCUGGCUGGAGAGGUGAGGGAUUCUGGGUAAUGUCAUUAUGGAGAUCAUCUACCUGCUGACUGGAGAGGUGAGGGAUUCUGGGUAAUGUCAGUGGAGAUCAUCUACCUGCUGACUGGAGAGGUGAGGGAUUCUGGGUAAUGUCAUUAUGGAGAUCAUCUACCUGCUGACUGGAGAGGUGAGGGAUUCUGGGUAAUGUCAGUAUGGAGAUCAUCUACCUGCUGACUGGAGAGGUGAGGGAUUCUGGGUAAUGUCAUUAUGGAGAUCAUCUACCUGCUGGCUGGAGAGGUGAGGGAUUCUGGGUAAUGUCAGUAAGGAGAUCAUCUACCUGCUGGCUGGAGAGGUGAGGGAUUCUGUGAAUUCCAAUCACUUUACACUAAGCACAUGUUAUAAAACAGAGCUCAAAAUUUCUAUUAGCCAUUAGUCACUGAUGAGUAGAUAUUCACCCUUGGUGAGUGUGACAUGGACUCUCUGGUGGUUGGUAACUUUUAAGGGAUGGCUACUAGUGUUGGACUUGAAAUUUUAUAGAAGAUAAAAAUAUCUUAAAGGGAAACUGUUUAUAUUUUUGUAUAAAAUAUUGAAAACAAAUUAUAACCUGUGUUAUUUUCUUUCAUGAGAUGCUCAGUUUUCUUUUAAAUGUAUACUAGAAAUUUAUCAACUAACAUCAUAAUCCAGUUCAGAUGUGUAAAGGUUUGUGCAAACAUAGCAAAUAAAGAGGAGAAACAGAAGCAUUGUUUCCUCUUCUCUGUAUGCAUGGAUACUUUGGACAACAAAGACGGAGGUGUCAAUAUGCAGGAGAUAUGGAUUUCUAUAUAAUUAGUUUUACUUGUCACACCUUGAAUCCUUAUAUCUGUUAAAUAUAGGAUAGGUCUACAUAACAUUAGUGCUCCUCUGCAGAUUACCUUUUAAACAUAAUAUUAAGAUUCCUUGGAAGUGACAGUUUACCUUUAAUAAAUGUUACUAUGGUAGUAUUUUGUAUAUGGUAAAUAUAGGUCUAAUUUAGAUGAUAAAAAGUGAGACUGUUUAUGUAGAUUAACACUUCUGGGUACAACAAAUAUAAUGUGUCUGUGUGUGUAUAUAGGACACUGCAUGAGAUAAGAACAGAAAAAGUUGAAAAGAACCAACUGUGGAAUUACUCGUGUCACAGCAGCUAAAGGUCUAAUUGUAUUAGUGUUUCUUUCAAUAUCUAGGAUCAUGUGGUUGUGAAGAAGCCUUGUGAUUCUGUCUCACACACAAGUAAUCCACAUGUAUCAGCAACAUCAUUUACAACUCAGAAUCCAGAUGUGAUCUGCCUACCUCACUCUCUGAUACAUGAGAGAAAGAAUGACAAGAAGAUCCUGGAACUGACCAAUAAGAUCAUCCAACUGCUGACUGGAGAGGUGAGGCUGCAGGGAAUGGGACAUUAUACAGUAUAAACCAAGCGAUGUGUCUGGAUGGUGACUGUAUCAUUGUGUGUGUCAGGUUCCUAUAAGGUGUGAGGACAUCGCUGUCUAUUUCUCCAUGGAGGAGUGGGAGUAUCUAGAAGGACACAAGGACCUGUACAGGGACAUGAUAAUGGAGGACCACCAGCCACAUAGCCUGGGUAAGAGAAAUCAACCUUGUCUUUGUUUAUUAUACCAGAUACAAUGUAUGCAAACAAAUUAUGAUGUUUUAGACAACAGUUUCUUGAUAAUUUCUCAGCUAUGUCCACAAUAUGUUAUUCUUUUUUUUUCUUCUAGGAGAUAAGUCCGUAACUGGUGAAUUUCACGCUCCUGUUUAUUUUAAUAAUUUUGGAACCAAAGAUAAAACUGAAAAUAUAACCAAAAAUGGAAGAAAAUAUCUAAAACUCAACAAACCAAAGACCAGAAAAACCUCAGAACUUAAACCAACAAAAUAUAUAUCUACUCGUACUAAGAAGACAUCAGCCAUGUGUGAAGGACAUUUUACGCACACUAACAUUUAUUUACCCACAGAACAUAUAGAAACAGAAUAUCCACCUACUUCUAUUAAGCAAGAAUUUGCUUUACAUGAGGAUGUAAAUCUCCCAAACACUGAUAUCCAUGCUAUAACAAAAGAUAUGCAGACAGAGAAUUCACCCACUCAUAUAAAGGAGGAACCUGCCUUCUGCAAAGCAUUAAAUCUCACAGAUAUUCCCAAUUAUACACGAACAGAGCAUACACAGACAGUGGAUGCAUUUGCUUUUUUUGAUAGUUAUCUAGAAGACAACAGCCACAUGCCAGAUAUUAGCUAUUUCAUGCCUCUACCCUAUGAUACAUUUAUUAAUCAGAAAUCUAGUAAAUAUACACAAAAUACUCAGAACUUUGAGGCACUAUUUCACUAUUCUGAGCACCCAAAAAACUUUAUAAACUCAGAGCUCGUCAGACAUCUGUCUGCUCCCAGGGUAACCAAAGCAGCCUCUUCUGACACUGGAAAACUCGUUUUUUCUCAUUCUGAAAUUAGACCUCCAAAAAUUCACAAAGGGAAGCAAUUUUCAUGCAGUGAAUGUGGAAAGUGCUUUAACCAAAAGCCUAAACUUAAUAGGCAUCAGACAAUUCACAGAGGAGAAAAACCGUUUAAAUGUGAAGAAUGUGGAAGAUGUUUUAAUUUAAAGCAUCAUCUUAUUGCACAUCGCAAGAUUCACACAGGAGAAAAACCAUUUCGUUGCACUGAAUGUGGGAAAUGUUUUAGCCGAGCAGCACAGCUUGUGUCCCAUAAACGAAUCCAUACAGGUGAAAAACCGUUUGUAUGCACUGAAUGUGGAGAAUGUUUCAUCAGGCCUGCACAACUUGUUUCACAUAAGUGGAUUCACACAGGAGAAAAACCAUUUAAAUGUGACGAAUGUGGUAAAUGUUUUAACUUCAAGCAUAAUCUUAUGGCACAUCAGAAGAUUCACACAGGAGAAAAACCAUUUAAAUGUAAUGAAUGUGGAAAAUGUUUUUCCCGAGCAACACAUCUUGCAUCACAUAAAAGGAUUCACACAGGAGAGAAACCAUUUAAAUGCAAUGAAUGUGGCAUAUGUUUUACCUGGGCUGCACAGCUUGCGUCACAUAAAAUAAUUCAUGCUGAAUUUAAAAACAUUCCAUUCUGAGUGUGACAAACGUAACAAAAGUUGGUUAUUGAUCACACAGAAUCAGCUGACAGCUGUAUUGGUUACCAACUUAUGGGACAGAAGAAACCAGUGUAUAGAUCCCUAUGCAAGGGUUGCAAAAGAUAAUUUCUUGCCUACCUCAAACCUGUGAUGACUUUUGUUCUAUUAUCUUAAUACUUUAUCAAAAUAUAUUUUCUACCCAAGCUGUCUAUCUUUGUGGCAAAGCACAGUUUUAUACUGGAUCAUUGAAAGUAAAAGAAAAAUGAUAUAUAUGUAUGUGUAUAUCUAGCUAUCUAUAUGUACACACACACCAAGAAAGCUUUACUCACAUGACCUCAGAAAUAAUAUUUGCUGCUUUUUAGUGCGGUAAUAUAUACCAAAGUUUUGUGUCGACGUAUCAGUUUGAAACGUUGCCACGACAUUUUGGUGUAUAUUACUGCACAAUAAAGCAGCAAAUAUUUACUAAGUCCUGUGAAUGCACCUUUCUUGGUUCGUAUUGCAUG